AUGGAUAUAAGAUCAGCUAUACGCAAUCUAAUUUCAAUUGUUUCUAACUUUAUUACAGAACCUAAAUUAAAAACUUAACUUGAUUAUCUCUACUUACUAACUACUAAAUCAGAUUCUACUUUAGAAGAAAUUGAAAAAUUGAUAAUCAACUUAGGAAAGAAUGUAUCAACUCAUCAUAGAAUUAAUUCAUAACCAAUUGUAUUGCCCUCCCCUAAACAAAAUAAAGUUUAAUUAAUUUAAGGAGCAAACAAAUUUGCUUAUUCAAAUAGAAUACCUCUAAAAGCAGCUGGAUUUGGAAGUAGAAUUCAAUGUGCAACUCCAUUGAAAUCUAAUAAAGAUAAAGAUGAAAAACAAAAAAAUAUAUCAGAUAGGCAAAUCUCUUUUAAAUUUGAAACACCAAAAACUUCACCCAAAAUUGUUACAGAAUUUAAGCUUUUUGACCAACAAUUAAUAGAUAUCAAUCAAAAAAUCAAAAUGAACACUGAAAUACCAUUAUCCUCUAACACAGUUCCUGAAUUACAAUCAGAAUUAGAUUCAUUUUCUUAAAAUAAAAUUACUCAAAAUACUUUACCUAUAAAAAAUGAUUUUUGCAUAUCAUAACCAGAAUUAGAAGAAAAAGAAAAACAAUACGAUUUAAAUAAUAUGUCUGGUCGAAUACUAUAAAGUAUUAAUUAAAAUGUGAAGGAAAUGAAACUAAACACUUUUAAAUUAAUCAAAGUAUUUGAGAACACAUUUGAGAUCAAGACACAAUCUUCUCUUUUAUAAUGUAGUUAAGUAGAUGCAUCUUAUGCUUCUCCAUUUAGAAAAUUAUAAAAUGUAUAAUAAAUUUAUCUACUUCUAGCCUCUUUUUAAUGGAAUUCGCCAAAAAAUGACAGAUUAAGAUCUAUUUAAUAUAUAAUAAAACUUUUUAAUGAAAAAGCUUAUUGUAAAAGCAAGGCCGAAUGAAGUAAUCCAAGAUGAAAUACCGAAAUUGGAUUUAUUUUUUGUAACAAGUGUUAAAGGAUGA